GGGGUGCCGGGCAGACUGCCAGGUCCCUGACUUCGAGUCCCGGGUGACCCCCCUUUUCUGCAGCCGCCAUGAACCGGCUUUGGAACAUCAGCCGUAUGGAGCCAUUCCAGGGUCCCCCGAAGUGGAUCCCCACUCUGGGCGAGCUGCAGAAGACCCUCCAGAAGGGCGAGUACAUGCCCCUUCGCCCGCUGCCCAUGUUCGAGAGUAACUUUGUCCAGGUGACCAGUCAAGGGGCGCCCGUGUACGUGCACCACAGAACCAACCGUCUGACCAUGGGUGUGGCCGCCUCCCUGCCAGGCCUGGUAUUGCCAGACCUCCUGCUGAUCGCUCAGCCCCCCGAGGGCAGGGAGUGCUCCAACCUCGUCCUCACCAGAAUGAUCCCGCUGGACCUGGCCCGCCUCUACAUCCACGACCUGCCCACCUGGCGCCUGAAGCUGCGCCUGGUCACAGGUCGCUACUACUACCUGGAGCUGAACGCCCCUGACAAGGAGGUCGGAUUCCUGUUCGACCGCUGGAUGCGCCUCAUCCACCUGCUCCAGGAGCCCACCACCACCUGGGCCCCCAGCAGCCUGCCACCCAUGGACCUGGCCCAUGCUGCACCUCCCGCCUCCACCUGGCGCCUCCAGGACCAGUCUCGCAGCAGACGUUCAGUCAUGAUCGUCGAGCCCACCUUUCCUUACAAGACACUGACAUCUCAGAAACAGAGGAAGGCCAAGACCCUCAAGCGCAAAUUCAAGUCUCAGGCCGUGGGCGACUCCGUGCCUCUCAUCUGGUCGCAGCUGGAGCAUGCUGACACUAGAAAGAAAUCCACAGAAAAAAAGUCCCAACUAGAUCUCUGCCGUGACAGAGCUCAGACAGAAAUCCAAGUUUCUGAGAAGCCCAGCAUCACCAUCCGGACCAUCUUCAGCAUUAUUUCCAACCACACACAGUCCUCUUCCAAGGGUUGCUUGUCUGCUCCUGAGGCGGCCGUGGUCCUGGGAGGUUUAGUUGAGUCCCCUUCACACUGUGUCUCAGAGGACAGCCCUGAUAGUCCCUUGGUGGACUCCCAUGACCACCUGGAUGUGCUGUGGCAGCAGGACAUCGACGCCCUGAUGGACCCUGAAUCCAGCACCUUGUCCUCUUCCUCCCUCUGCCCGGCCACCUACCCUCCCACCUUCUACCUCUCUGCCCCCUACUCCUCCUUCCCCAGGCACAAUGAAAAGGCCAGGCCUCCGGGCAACGUGCAGAGGCUGGGGCCUCCACCCUCCCAGAAGACACCAUCGGUCCCUGCCACCUCUUGGAAGGCUCCAUUCAUCCUUGACCGGUCCCAGAAGGUCUCGGCUGUACGUGCUCCAUCCCAAAAGAUCUCAACUGUACCUGGCCCAUCCCAGAAGGGCCCAGCUGUACCUCCUGCUCCCCGGAAGACUCCAGCUGUACCUGCUGUUCUCAAGAAGGCCCCAGCUGUACCUGCUGCUCCCAAGAAGGCCCCAGCCAUACCUGCUCCAUCUCAGAAGGCCCCACCUGCAUUUGCUGUUCCCCCGAAGGCAGUGUCCCUGCUUGUCCCAAACAGGAAACCUCAGUUCCAAUCUACUCCAUCCCAGAAGGCUCUGAUCCCACAUAGCCAACACCAAACGCCUUUGGACCCUGCUAAUCAUGGCAUGUUGCCCAUGGGAACUGAUGGAGGGCAUGUGCUUGAGAGAAGCAAGCCUGAAGGGAAGCCAGAGCCAGUGGUGUUGGUGGGCACCCAGGAGACGAACAUGGUAGAGCUGAAGACCCAGAAAACAUCCCUGGAGCUGCCCUUCGCCACCACCAAGAAGGAGUCGGAGGAAGUCCUGAUCAGCAAAGCCCAGGAGAUCACUCUGGACGGCUUGAAGGGCAAGGGCACGUUGGAGGGUCAGGUCCGAAGGAGAAAGGAGGAGAUAUCCCUGGAUAUGCCGGGCCUCAAAGCCAAGGAGGUGGGGCAGCAGAAGAAGUGGGUCAAGACCAAGGAGGUGGCCAUCAAGGGAGCCCCGCAGGAGCACAGCAGGCCUUUCCCUGUGGAAGGGCUCGCCCUUGCCCAGCUGAUGAUCUUAGCCAGCUCCAAGGAGCGGCCCUUGACACCAGCUGCGGUUGGCCUGCCCUCCUGGCUCCCGACCCCGCAGGUGUCUGCCGUGUCAGCGAUGGGCACGGCGCCCCUCAGCCACAGCCAGGUGUCUUUGCUGGCGGGGACACCAGUGGCCGUCAGGGAGCGGCCCCAGUCGGGUGCCUGGGCGAAAGGGAGCACGCGUCUGCCGGUGGAGGAGACCGCGCCUUGGGCAAAGGGGAGCGCGCCUCCGGGGGCAAAGGGGAGCACACCUCCAGGGGUGAAAGGGAUCGUGCCUCCAGGGGCGAAAGGGAGCGCUCAUCCGUGGGUGGAGGCGGAGGCGCAGGCGCAGGAGCUGCCUCAAGACCCAAGGGGGCCUUCCAAAGUGCCCCCACGCUCCAAGCGUGCCCCCAGCAGCCCGAAGAUGGACAGUGCCUUCCUGGCUCCCAUCCCUCUGCCCGCAUCAAGGUGGGAGGACAUACCCCAGUCGCCCAUCUCACUGAGCCCCAUCUCAAAGAUGGAAGCCAGGGUGUCCCAAGAGCCCCAGAGAGUAUCUCAAGAGCCUGCAAGGAUGCUGUACCAGUGCCCGGUGGCUACGACCGCGUUAUCCUCCGAGAUUCUCUUGCCCACACUCUUGAAACUUGAGAAUAUGAGGAACGUGGCCACCAAGGUGGAGAAGAUAAAGGAGGAACUGGGCGCCUUCAAUCCUUUGCACAGGUAUUUUGGGUGACAGCUAAUGUGUACGGUCAACUCUCUUAUCCGCAAGGUAGAGGGGAUCAUUCCCUCUUUUUUCACUAUGU